AUGGCCAAGAGGCUGUCCAACGAGAAAGCACCUGUGGCUGGCUGCGAGGACCGCCUAAGCACGCUACCGGAAGAUGUAAUCCUGCGGCUGCUAUCGUUCCUGCCCUCACGGCAAGCCGUGCGGACGUGUGUGCUCGCCACCCGCUGGCGCACGCUCUGGAAGUCUGUGCCGGCCCUUCGUAUUGAUGAAACUGAGAGUGAGACCUAUGGGAUUGGCGAUGACCUGAACCAUUUUAUCAAUAGCCUUCUUCGCAACCGUGACCAAGCACCUCUCCAUGAAUGUGAGUUCCUUAUACACCAUGGCUUCGGUACCAAGGACUCUCCCCAAGACUUUGAGUUGUGGCUCCGUUAUGCCAUAUCGUGCAAAGUGAGGGUUCUCCGGUUUGAAAUCUUAUCUCGUGAUGAUUAUUUGAUGAUAUCAGCUGGGACUCUCAUCUCCCAGCACUUGACGAGGUUAUUUCUUCAUUUUGUUGGGAUUGAGGAUUUCUCUCUAGAUGUUUUGAGCUGUCAGUCACUUGAAGUGUUAGAUAUGGAACUAUGUAUAAUCAGCAUCUGGACUAUCUUCCCAAAAUCGUUACGUCAUCUGAGAAUCAGACUUACAGAUGUUUAUCCCAAGGAUACCCGGCCUCUUAUUUCUGCACCAGGUCUGAUUACCUUGGAGCUAGCCAACUGUACGUAUUGGACUCCGUUGCCUAAGAACCUGCCAUCAUUGGUAAUGGCAUUUAUCAACAUUGGCUCUGGCGGUAUGCAAUCUUGUCAAAAUAGUUUGAGUGGGGACUGUGGUUAUGAGUCGUGUGAGAAGUGCUAUGGUAUGGAUGACGAGUGUGUGUUUCUCGAAGGUUUGUCGGGUGCAACAAAUUUACAGCUGAUAAGUCCGUGCUCUAUGGAAUGUUACAUUGAAAAAACGAGUGAAAUGUACAAGCCAAAGGAACAAUUUUUGGUGUCAAAACAUCUCAAGGCAGUUGAAAUCAAUUAUGUUAAACAAGAUGAGGAUGAAAGGAUUCACCAAGUAUUAAACGUCUUUGCUUACCAUGGAGUACAUCCGGAACUAAUAAAUAUUGAAAGGAAGCCUUUUACUCACUGCUUCAGUUUUGAGUACAAGCAGUAG